CCUCGAGUGACCACAAGUGGAGGACAGUGGUGCAAGUUGCAGUUAGCCUGGAAUGACAUCAUCGGCCAACUUCCUCGCACUCUCCCAGCCGGGCUCUCUUCAUUCUCCAGACUUGACUUCGACAAUCACAAGUUGACAGUCGACAACAAUGGCUUUCUCCGUAUUGAAGUCGCUACUCGUGGAGCCUUUCAAACUCCUCCUCAACCUCACCCCUCUUGCUAGAUUCCUUCCCAAGACAGACGAUUACGCGUCGCACCCCGGAGCCCCAUUCGAGGGAUACUACACGCGAAUCGUCACCGCGACAGGAUCCACAAUCCUCCUUAUAUUUUCAUCCGUUUUCUCCGCUACCGAUCGGCCCCAUCUCGUGCAUUUCUCGCUUUUCCCUCGCGGCGGCAACAACCGUAUCGUUGUAGACAAGUUCCCGCACAUCGCGGAAACGGCUGGACCCACACACCCCAACGACGGCACGCAGGAAUUCGGCCGAGUCGCGAAAGGCGACGGAGUCGAGGGCACCUACAGAGUAUGUCGCGACGAGCAGCGGUACAGGCUCGAGCUGGAUACCGCGGAGGGCAAGAUCGAGGUGUCUAUUGAUAUCACGCAACGCACGCCGUGGUCUGCAGGAGACAAAUUGUCGACGCCGGAAGGCAUUUUCUCGGUCCUGACUUUCCUUCUGCCGCUUCAUUGGAAUGUCUUCUCGACCGCGUCUUCGGCCGAGUACGAUAUCCGCCGCGACGGUGUCGUCGUCGAGAAGGGCACCGGAAUUGCGCACCUGGAAAAGAAUUGGGGCGUUUCGUUUCCUGCCGGUUGGACGUGGGUCCAGAGUUUCUCGAAACCCCUGAAGGCCGAGGGACUCCGCACGUUCUGUUUGGCCGGCGGCAAGAUCAUGGGUCAGAAGGCGUACCUCCUCGGCUACAGGUCCGAGAAGAUCCAGUGGAGUCUUCGUCCACCUUUCACCUUGAUGCCAUUCUGCUGCGCGACCCCGUUCGCAGGCGAGACAAUCAACUCGAAGAAGGGCACCGCGCGGUUUGAGAUGGCGUCGCUAUCCAAGAAGCUGGUGGUUGAAGUCUCUGCGCCACCAAACCAUGAGGGGUGGCUGGGAUUGUGCUGCCCGCUUGCAGAUGGACAUGGUAAUACCUAUGCGUAUGAAACCUUCGAGGGGUAUGUCAGAGUCAAAGCUUUCCAGAGGGGCUGGGGUCUGGGAUGGGAUUUGGUCGAGGACACGACCUUUGAAGGUGCUGCGGUCGAGUUCGGGGGAGACUACAGCUUCAAGGCCUCUCAGCAGUCUGCAUGGUAAUGGCUGCCGCCGGGUAUGAACAUAAAAUCUGCCUUAACACGUACGUGGGAUGUACUAUCGUUUCUCGUGUUCGUUGAUUUCUGGUUUUGAUUUCGUAUAUCCAUCACUGCGCGGUAGAUUAUGUAACUAUACGCGGGGGCGGUCCGCUAAGCUGGAGACUGAAGUCUAAGGAAAAGAACGCGUUUGAUCUGAAGAUAAGCAACUGCAGUAGGAAAAUGAGUUAUAGACGCUGAAGCGCUAAGGUCCUGAAUGACCAUGCAGGCGUCACUGAUAUCUAUACCCUAUCCAUCACUAGGA